AUGGGGCGCGCCCUGCCGUGGGCGCUGUGGUUGCCGCUGCUCCUGCAGGACCCAUGCAGCCUGGGACUGUCCUGCAACGUGUCCUCGGGGGACGUGGACUGGAACGCGGAGUUCACAGCCACCUGUCUGAACUUCAGCGGCCGAGGCCUGAGCAUCCCCAGGAACGGGUCUCUGCAGGCCAGCGGCGUGCUCCUCCUGGACCUGUCUGGGAACGGCCUCCGGGAGCUGCCGUGGUCCUUUUUCGCCCGCCUGGGGAACCUGCGGAUCCUCAACGUGACCCACAACCCGCUGGACCGCGUGGACGCGGAGCUGGCCGAACGCUGCGCCCUGGACCUGCAGGCGGACUGCCGCUGCGCCCUGGCCUCCUGGCACCGGGUCCGGCAGGACAACUGCUCUGACCAGCUGCCCCUGCAGUGCCUGGAUGCGGGCACCUUCGCCUGGCGCAACCUCUCCGCCUUCCUGGAGGUCAGCUGCCCCCCUGGCCUGAGCGUGGCGGCCAUCGGGGCGCUGGCCGCCAGUGGGAGCCUGCUCCUUGGGCUCGCCGUAGCUGGCUCAUUGCUGCUCUGGAGAGCCCGGUCACGCUGGUCACCCAGGAGACAGAGCCAGGACAAAACGUGGGCUGCUCCGGGGGGGCCCAGGCCCAGCUCAGGCUGGCAGACGAGAUACAGUAGCCGGAGCCUCAGCCUUCAUCAACCAGAAGCCACCCUGCCCAGACCCCCCACACCUGACUAUGAGAAUGUGUUCAUAGGCCAGCCGCCUGCCAACCACCAGCCGACCAAACACGGGCCUCACCCUUCAGAGGACACCGACUGCUACAUGAACUACGAGGACCUCCGCCGGGCCUCCCAGCCCGUCUACGGCAACCUGCAGUUCCCCGGCCAGGUCCCCGCGGCCGAAGAUGAGUACGUGAUCGGGCACUGA